AUGCCACCUUUACUCAACCUCUUCGCCGCCCGAACGGCCGUCCCAGCGCUGCGCGUCUCCGCCGCCGCUCCCCGAAGCUGCCUCUCGGCCACGGCAUCAAAAUCACACUCCGCACUUUCACAGCGACGAUGGAACUCGUCAGGGUCGGAUGGGAAGAACGUCAAGGAGGCUGAGGAGGCGCAGCGCGCUGCUACGUCGAUGCCGCAUGUUAGCGAGGAGGCUGCGGAGGUGAGCCGGAUUAUGGACAAGGAGAAGAGGUGUGAUGGGGUUCCUUCGACGCCGGAGUUGCAGCAGGGGACGAUGGUUUCUGAGAUCCUCUCCCGCGACAAGGAAGCCGCAAAGCACGCACCCAAGGUAUUCCAGGAUCAGAUCAAAAAGGCACAGUCAGGUUCUCGAUCUUUCUCAACCUCCGCACGGAGGGGACAGCUCGAGGAGCCGAAGCCGAGUGGUGGUGAUGGCAAUGCCAACGCGAACGACGCCGCCCAGGCCGCCAUGGUCCAGAGCAUGAUCGCCCAAGUCACCGAACAAGCACAGGCCGCGCAGCAGGAAUUGGCUCCGGGCCUCAAAUUUCCUGCGCCAGAGACUCUGCCCAGAACAGAGAACUACCGCUCGCGGUACGAGCCGCUGCUCGAGCAGUUCACCAAGAUGAUGAUGCGGGAUGGGAAGUUGGGGAUUGCUGAGAAGAACAUGGGCUACAUCCUCGACCACCUCCGCUCCUCCCCCCCACCAAACCUCAACCCUCGCCGCCCCCUCCUCCCCGGCGGCCCGCCCGACCCUCAACUCCCCCUCAACCCCGUCAAAUAUCUCACACUGAUCAUUGACUCCGUGGCCCCGAUCAUCAAAAACAAGCCGAUGAAGGGCUUCUCCGGAGGAGGCGCCAGUGUGCCGAUUCCCAUCCCGCUCGCGGAGCGCCAACGCCGCCGCGCCGCAAUCAAGUGGAUCAUCGACGCCUCGGAUAAGCGGCGCGACACAAAGUUCGCGCAGCGCGUUGCGAAUGAGCUUGUUGCUGUUGCGGAAGGGAGGAGUGGCGUUUGGGAUCGGAGGGAUCUUGUGUAUAAGGUUGGUAUUCAGGGCCGAGCGCUUGUUGGGGCGAAGCCCAGGACUCGGUCGAGGAUUUAG